CCAAUCCUUAACCGGUCUAAUUGGUCGGUGGCCUCUCCGCUCGCCGCCUCUGUUCUCGCUUUCGUUAGCUUUCUUCUCGAUCCCAAACUCCAACUCUAAUUAGGGCUUCUCCACCUCGCCCUCCAUUCACCGGAGUUCGACUCAAGCCCCAGUCAUUCGAUUCUACCUCUCCACGAUCUCGCGACCGACAUGUCGAAGAGGAAGUUUGGCUUCGAGGGGUUCGGCAUCAACCGCCCCGCCACCUACAACUUCGAGCGCGCGUCGGCACCGCAGCGUCUCUACGUCCCCCCUUCGUCCCGUGUCGGUGGACACGACAACCACGAGGACGCUGACCUUGACAACAUUGAGUACGACCAGUCUGACGCCCCCGACCAGUCGCCCCCUAACGGAGGCGAUGGCGCCGGCGACGGAGACGGCGAGAUCGACCCCCUCGAUGCAUUCAUGGAGGGCAUUCAGGAGGAGAUCCGCGCGCCUCCGCCGGGCACCGCGAAGCCCAAGGAUAAGGGCGAUAAGUACAACGAGGAGGACGAUGAUGAUCCCGUCGAGAGCUUCUUGCGGUCGAAGAAGGACGCAGGAUUGACUCUGGCAUCGGAGGUUCUUCACGCUGGGUAUGAGUCGGACGAGGAGGUGUAUGCGGCAGCGAAGGCGGUGGAUGCAGGGAUGAUUGAGUAUGACUCGGAUGACAAUCCCAUUGUCGUGGAUAAGAGGAAGAUUGAGCCGAUUCCGGCACUGGACCAUAGCAGUAUAGACUAUGAGCCUUUUAACAAGGACUUUUACGAGGAGAAACCCUCAAUAUCAGGAAUGAGUGAUCAAGAUGUCACUGAAUAUCGGAAAAGUUUAGCUAUACGUGUCUCAGGUUUUGAUGUGCCGAAGCCAAUCAAACUCUUUGAAGAUUGUGGGUUUCCUACUGCAUUAAUGGGUGCGAUAACAAAGCAGGGCUAUGAGAAGCCAACAACAAUACAAUGUCAGGCUCUGCCCAUUGUACUUUCUGGUAUAGACAUUAUUGGCAUUGCAAAAACAGGUUCUGGUAAAACUGCUGCUUUUGUUCUUCCUAUGAUUGUCCAUAUUCUGGAUCAGCCUGAACUUGACAAAGGCGAGGGUCCUAUAGGCGUAAUAUGUGCUCCUACAAGGGAGUUAGCACAUCAAAUAUUUCUAGAAACUAAGAAGUUUGCCAAACCUUACGGAAUAUGCGUUGCUGCUGUGUAUGGUGGAGUGUCCAAACUUGAUCAGUUCAAAGAACUUAAGGCAGGUUGUGAAAUAGUUGUUGCCACCCCGGGGAGACUGAUAGACUUGCUGAAGAUGAAGGCUGUUACAAUGGUUAGGGCAACUUAUCUUGUACUAGAUGAAGCUGAUCGGAUGUUUGAUCUUGGCUUUGAGCCACAGAUACGAUCUAUUGUUGGUCAAAUUAGACCAGAUCGACAGACUUUACUUUUCUCGGCGACUAUGCCGUACAAAGUUGAACGUUUAGCAAGAGAAAUUCUCUCCGAUCCUUCAAGGGUUACAGUUGGUGAGGUGGGAAUGGCCAAUGAGGACAUUACUCAAGUUGUUAAUGUAAUUCCUUCUGAUGCUGAGAAGAUGCCUUGGCUUCUUGAGAGGCUACCUGGAAUGGUUGAUGAUGGGGAUGUUCUUGUAUUUGCCUCGAAGAAGACUACAGUGGAUGAGAUUGAAGGUCAGUUGAUUCAGAAAGGAUUUAAAGUUGCAGCACUUCAUGGGGAUAAGGACCAGGCCUCCCGCAUGGACAUUUUACAAAAGUUCAAAUCAGGCAUUUAUCAUGUCCUUGUUGCAACUGACGUGGCUGCCCGUGGACUUGACAUAAAGUCAAUUAAAUCGGUUGUUAACUUUGAUAUUGCUAGAGAUAUGGAUAUGCAUGUCCAUCGGAUUGGUAGAACAGGCCGUGCUGGGGAUAAAGAUGGGACCGCAUACACACUUAUCACACAAAAGGAAGCACGUUUUGCAGGUGAAUUAGUCAACAGCUUGAUUGCUGCUGGUCAAGAUGUCCCUACAGAGUUGAUGGAUCUUGCUAUGAAGGAUGGGAGGUUCAGGGCCAAACGUGAUGCAAGAAAAGGAUCUGGUGGAAAGAGAGGGGCAGGCAGAGGAAAAGGUGGCAGCGGAAGUGGGCGAGGUGUGCGUGGUGUUGAUUAUGGACUUGGCAUUGGUUACAAUCCUGAGUCAGCAAAUGCGGCACCAUCUCAUUCUGUUCAGAGUCGGUCAGCUGCUGUCAAUUCAUUGAAAACCGGAAUGAUGGCACAAUUCAAAAGCAAUUUUGUUGCUGCCUCUUCUAAUUCUAAGGUUCCUAUAUCCUCUAGCACAAAACCAGCUUUACGGGGCUUUGUUUCUGGCGGUUCAAUUGGUGGAGAGGCAUUUAAAGCACAGUCAGUAGCCGUUCCUGCCUUUGGCGAUGAAGGAAGCAGAAUAGUGAAUGGGAAUCAGAAAGGCUCUGAAAGUUCUCGAGAUAGACCCAGAGAAAGAAAGCGGCCUUCCGGGUGGGAUCAUUGAGCUUUUGUUUAAGUCUUUCCAAUGUAUCGGUAAACAUUGUGCUGUAAAUUGUUAAUCUGGUCAUGCGAUGGCAUGAUUAAUUGAUACCUAAUGCGUUUAAAUGUACUUGCUUCUGCAAUUAUCAAGAUUAAUUUUUCAGCCA